UUCUCAAAACACAAGAUAAGCAUGAACAACUAUGUACAUGUCGAGUCCGAAACAGCAAUAUGCUAUGACCCUAUAAAUAUAUCCUUAUUCAUUUCUCCUCAAUUCACAUCAUUUUUAGAAAUCAAUUCUGUCUCUUUUCACUUUAGUUAACCAUGGCAAGACAGAGCAAAGGUCGUCGAAAACUGGACAUAGUGAAAAUAACAAAAGAGAGUAAUCUUUUGGUAACCUUCUCUAAACGCAGGUAUGGCGUUUUCAAGAAAGCUAGCGAACUUGCUACUCUUUGUGGUGCUGAAAUAGCCAUUAUAGUCUUCUCUCCUAGCAUGAAAGUCUUCUCCUUUGGUCAUCCUUCUGUUGAAACUGUUAUUGAUCGGUUUUUCUCUGGAAACUCUACCCAAACUUCUGGUGUUCUACAACUUGCCAAAAUCCACCGGAAUGCUAGGGUCCGGGAUCUCAAUCUGCAACUCACCCAGGUUACGACUCAAUUGGAUGAGGAGAAAAAACGAGGUGAGGAGCUUGAUCAAGGAAACAAAGCAGGCGAUGGUUACCGCUGGUGGGAGUCUCCUGUAGAGGAAUUAGAUUUGCCAAAGCUUGAGCAUCUCAAGGCAUCUUUCGAGAUGCUGAGAGAAAAUGUGACAAAACGAGUUGAAGAGCUUCUGAUUCAAACGACAAAUCAUACUCAGUUUUAUAAUCCAAAUUCUGCUCCUGUCAAUGAGGCUCUCCCAACUGAUCCAAACAAUGAUGUGUUCGACGAAUCAUUGGUCUAUAAUCUUGGAUUUCAAAAUGGAAAUGGGUUCUUUUAAGUUUUCUUGAUGAUUGUAUUGUUGAUCUUUAAUUAAUUAGCCACAGAUUUCGUAGUGUCCAGUUACUGUCAUCAAUUUGCUUUGAUUUGCAGGUAGAUGUUCUUAGAUUUGUGCUAAAUAAACCUUACUUGUC